UUAUGUAAUUUCCACUUCUUACAACAUAUUAAGCUGAGUAAAAUUAACUGGAUUGGGCCUUAACUGUUUGUAAUUAGGCAAGACUGGGCCUGGAUCAAAAUUCAGUCGGGCAAAUGAAUUUCCCUCCCGAAGCGGAACGUCUUGGAUUAUUUUCUUCUUAGUUGCACUUUGACUGUUCGACAUAUUGCCUCAGAGAAGUUUGCCGCGAACCUCACCAGCUCCACCAACACUAGCCGUGAAUGAUAACCUUGUGGAUCAGUAGUUCAUUGAGCAAUUAUUGAAGAUUUCUGGCUGCAAAGGUGUGAUGACUUUGUUGGUAAUUGAGGGUUUUGAAUUGGUUUUUGGUUUGCUGUACUGAUUGAAAUUUUGGUCUUGUGUUCUGAAUUGAUUGAAAUUCUGGUUUUCCUUGAGUUGUAAUCUGAUACUCUUUAGUAAAAACCUAAAGCGGUUCACUUCCCACUGAAAAAAAAGUACACUUUUUGUUAUUUGAAUUCUUUCCGAAUAAUUCUAUUCAUCUGUUGAAGUUACGUGUUUUUCUUAUACUUAGUUUUAGGUCAUGUUAUUAAUUUUUAUUUCAAAUUGGUUUCAUAUGGAUCAGAUUGAAUGGAAAUGGUAGGAGUUUAAGCUUGAAACUUGUAUGAGGCAUUAGAGAGUCAUGCCCAUUUUCGAGAAAGAUUCAACAUUUUUAGCAUAUAAAAAUCAUCAUUCGUUUUGUUUUUGCCAUUUCUUAGUAGCUUAUUUCAUCUACUGGGUGUUCAGAAUUAAAAAGUACCUGGAUAUCAGUAAAUAAGCACGAUUUUUCAUGUUUACAAGUUUUAGAGUCCCCUGGUUGUAUGUUCAACUCUCACUGAGUUAGAGAAUAUUCAUAUAAUAAAGUCAGAUUCCAACGUCAAAGUUCUAACACUGAAUAUAAAUAACAUUGAUUUCUCUAAGCUACUAGGUCAGGCUUGUGAUCUUUUGCUAAAUUUCCAGCAAUUCGUGCCAGAAACUAGUCAUCCAGAUCCAAUGAAGGAGAUUCUUAUAUGUAUAUAUGCUAAGUAAACAUAAAAAGCUAGUCCAAAAAUUAAUAAGCAUGACAACAUAAGUAACAGUAACUUUGGGUAUCUUAAAAUGCUAUAAUCAUCUGUGAUACUGCCUUUAGUUAUGUGUUUGUAUCUACAUUGUAGCACUUUCUUACUAUACUUGCAAAAUUUUUACCGAUAUUUGUUCUAUUUCUCUUAUAGCUAAAUUUGUAAUUUCGUUAUGCUUUUUUACCUCAUGCAGGGUUUUUUUUAUCUUCUUUUUGUUUUUCAACUUUUUCUGUAGUUUCUUGUUUGAAAUUUUCAUUUUUUCUUGUUCUUUCUUCAUAUGCAGUCUUAACUUUGCUCAGGUUAUUGCGUUAAAAAUCAAAGUUCAAAGAAACAAGCAUAGAGAAGACAAAACAAAACUAAUAGAAAUAUUUGAAUCAAUGUUUGUAAUUUUCGUGAUGCUUGUUGUUUGUCGUACGACUUAUGGUCCUUACUUUUCUUUGUCCUUUUUCAAUCAUAUUACCUAGCAGUUAUAGUUUAUUUGUGUGCCUACAGAUAUGAAUAUCCAGUUGGUUUACACUAAGUUUGAUAAUGGACAUCUUGAUGCUUCUUUUGCUUGCAAAAUGAAAAAGAAAAUGAUUUCAUAAUGAGUUUUUUCUUAUGGUUUUGUAGUGUUCAACUGUUGAUACACUCCUACUUCAAGUUCAAUAUUUGGUUUUUGAAGAUCCCAAGUUCUGAUUUAAGUAGUGUUCAAGGUUUUUAUAUUACAUGUUUAUGAUAUUUUUGUAGUCUUUUCAUUUUCCAUAUUUUAUAUGCAUAUUAAAGGGUAAGGCUCACUAUGCCCGCUUUUCCCCUUAUUGUUUUUCUUGUACUGUUGAAGUUCUCUUAAAAAGUUAUACAAGCCCCCAGCUGACCAAUCCUGGAUCCGCCCCUACCUCCAUUUAAUCAUCAAUUUCACUUCAGUAUCAGAAAUCAGAAGCCUUGAUUACACACUCAUGAAGCGUCUCUUGUGGAGCUCCAUUCCCAAUUUUAGAUUCUAUUCAUCGUCGGUUCAAAAUGUGCUCGAAACCGGACACAUUCUAAAGCAAGCCAGGAUAUUCUCGAAUUUUGACAUUAUCCAAUAUUCAAAGCUGACAAAUGACUCCAAUCCAUUGCAUUUUGAUCUUGAACGUGCCAAAAAUGCUGGUUUUGCUGAUCUUCCAGUACCUGGAAUGCUCGUGGCUUCUUUGUUUCCCCGAAUCAUCGCUUCCCAUUUCCCAGGGGCUGUGUAUGUGAAGCAAACUUUGGAGUUCCGGUCACCGGUUUAUUGUGGGGAGGAGAUCAAUGGGGAAGUUCAGGCAAGCAAUAUUAGACAAAUGAAAGAGAAAUAUAUGGCGAAAUUCACUACAAAAUGCUACAAAGAUGGAGGAAUUCUUGUAAUUGAUGGUGAGGCCACAGCAAUAUUGCCUACUCUGGCCAUGAAACGAACUUGAGGAAUGCCGCAAUGUUGACCAACUGGACUGCUCAAAACAAGGUCGCACCUCCACUAUCCUAGCUGAUUUUUUCAAUCAAUCAAUUUAAAUGGAAUCUCUCCUAUUCCCUGGUUAAAUCAUACAUUGGAUGUUAUUAACAUAUAUAUCCAUGUUGAUUGAUUGGACAUGGAUAUUGGAAGUGUGCCGUGGAAACAAAUUAAGGAUCAUUGGCUAGUUUCUAGGAAUGCCCGAGCAAGGUGGCAUUGAAUAAUUUGCUUCAGUUACUUGAGAUAGUUGGGAGUAUAUAUUGAUGGUCAUAUUUGAGAAAUUUUGAGUAAAUGUAUUUAUUCAAGACAUAUCCACAUAAAUAAAUUGAUAUUAUCGAGUGA